GCGAGGGGCCAAGGGGGAGGGGGGAGGGCCAUCCCCGCCCCGACGCCGCCCCCCGCAUGGCCCUGCCGCCCGCCCGCCCGCCCCAUCGGCGCUCUUCCCGGUCCCCUCCGUGCAGAGAUGGCGGCGCCGCGCAAGCAGCAGCAGCCGCAGCAAUUGGCGCUGCUGAGCGUGUCGGACAAGAGCGGCCUGGUGGGGCUGGCGCGGAGCCUGGGCGAGCUGGGGCUGGCCCUCGUGGCCUCCGGGGGCACCGCCGCCGCCCUCCGCGACGCCCGCCUCGACGUCAGAGAUGUUUCUGAUCUUACUGGAUUUCCAGAAAUGUUGGGGGGGCGAGUGAAGACUCUCCAUCCUGCAGUCCAUGCUGGCAUCCUGGCUCGUGACAUUCCGCAAGAUGCUGCUGACAUGGAUAAAAUGGAUUUCAGCCUUGUGAGAGUUGUGGUUUGCAACCUGUACCCCUUUGUCAAGACCGUGGAGUCCCCAAAUGUCACUGCCCAAGAGGCAGUUGAACAGAUUGACAUAGGAGGAGUGGCUUUGCUGAGAGCUGCCGCAAAGAACCAUGCCCGGGUGACCGUUGUGUGUGAUCCCGGGGACUACAGCAGCGUAGUGGAAGAAAUGAAGGCAUCCAGUAACAAAGAUACCACACAGGAGACCCGCCGCCAGUUGGCACUCAAGGCUUUCACCCAUACGGCUCAGUAUGACACGGCCAUUGCUGAUUACUUCCGGAAACAGUACAGCAAAGGGGUGUCUCAGCUUCCCCUGAGGUACGGCAUGAAUCCGCACCAGACACCUGCGCAGCUCUACACUCUGAGGCCUCAACUUCCUCUUUCAGUGCUGAAUGGCUCUCCGGGGUUCAUCAACCUGUGUGACGCCCUGAACGCCUGGCAGCUGGUCCGGGAGCUCAGGCGGGCCUUGGGCAUCCCAGCCGCAGCAUCCUUCAAGCACGUCAGUCCAGCAGGUGCGGCUGUUGGAGUCCCACUCAGUGAAGAGGAGGCCCAGGUCUGCAUGGUGCAUGACUUGUUCAAGACCCUGAGCCCCUUGGCAGCCGCCUACGCCCGGGCAAGAGGUGCUGAUAGAAUGUCAUCUUUUGGUGACUUCAUUGCUCUGUCUGAUAUCUGUGACGUCCCCACAGCAAAGAUCAUUUCCAGAGAGGUGUCAGAUGGAGUGGUGGCUCCCGGGUAUGAGGAAGAAGCCCUCCAAAUCCUGUCCAAAAAGAAGAACGGGGGCUACUGUGUGCUGCAGAUGGACCCCACUUACGAACCGGAGGAAAAUGAGAUCCGCAUUCUCUUCGGACUGCACCUGAUGCAAAGGAGGAAUGAUGGUGUGAUCGACCGGUCGCUGUUCAAGAACAUCGUUACUAAAAACAAAAAUCUGCCUGAACUGGCUGUCCGGGAUCUGAUUGUUGCCAGCAUCGCUGUCAAAUACACGCAGUCGAACUCUGUCUGUUAUGCCAAGGACGGGCAGGUGAUCGGGAUCGGGGCAGGGCAGCAGUCCCGCAUUCACUGCACUCGCCUAGCCGGAGACAAGGCCAACCACUGGUGGCUGCGGCAUCAUCCCCGCGUGCUCUCCAUGAAGUUCAGAAGCGGAGUGAAAAGAGCAGAGAUCUCCAACGCGAUUGACCAGUACGUCACGGGGACCAUCGGUGAGGAGGAGAAGGACCUGAUCAAGUGGAAGGCCCUGUUUGAGGAAGUCCCUCCUCUGCUAACUGAGGCAGAGAAGAAGUCGUGGAUUGCAAAGCUGAGUGGAGUCGCGCUCAGCUCGGAUGCGUUCUUUCCUUUCAGGGACAACGUGGACAGGGCAAAACGGAGUGGUGUCCAGUUCAUCGCUGCCCCUUCUGGUUCGGCCGCUGACCAAGUUGUGAUUGAGGCGUGUAACGAGUUGGGGAUCACGCUGGUUCAUACCAGCCUCCGCCUCUUCCAUCACUGAUGUGCUCCAGAGAUGCAGCAGACGUUCCUCUGUGGAAGUAGCCUCUUCUCUAACAAAGGUUUGAAGACCGGGCUGCAGCAGCGGCACCACGUUGUCCUUUAAGACCAGCAGAACGCUAAUCAAUUUUUCUGUGAAUAUUACACAGGCUGCCUUGAAAUGAAAAAUAAAUUCCUAGACUUGCUCUGUCAGAAUUGUUCCUGAAGUGCCUUUGUGCUUUUUAAAAAUUGACUGUGCUGCCUGGGUUCUCCUGCUUUUUGAAAUUGGUCUUUUUUUGCAUCUCCUGUAGACCACCUAAGACAGUGGUCAUGCUGGCAGGGGCUGAUGGGAAUUGUAGUCCAUGAACAUCUGGAGUGCCAUAGGUUCGCCACCACGGACCUAAGAGAAAGGCUGCAUUCAAGCAGAGGCUCUUUGCCUUUUGCACCAGCAGCAUUCCCCCUGCAAUCCUUGGCUCCACUUCCUCUUGACCAGUUUCAGUCGCCAGGGCCAGGGGACCCCACUCAGCCAGCCCAGGCCAGGAGGUUCCCUCUUCUCAAGGGAGAAGGUAGCCCUCUGCCACGAUCAGUCCCUGUUUGAUCCUUCCAUGUCUCCCGUCUCCUGCCUGGGAUGUGGGAACCUGUCUCUCCUCAUUUCCCCUCCCUUCUGUGCUUCCGUUUUUCCGCUUUGCUUCUCGGGUACUGCCUUAUCAGCUCAUGAGACACCUGCUGUCGAAGCUCUGUCAGUAGUGUGGUAUGUUGGUUGCUUGGAUCCCGAGGGAGGCUUUUUUGUCUCUUGACCAUGACAAUGGAGGGGUGCCAUCCCCCCUUGGGAACGGGUGGUCAGGGGUGGUGUUAGGUGAUGGGGGGGGGGGCGUAUAAUGGAGGCCACAUUGCUGGCUAUUCUUAGUUUUGGUAAUAGAAGUCUAAAUGCUUAUUCCUGUGCAGUUUCAUAAUAAAGGAAUAAACUGAA